AUGUCUGCCUCUCUUGCGCCGGAGUGUAACGAAGUGAAGGAGCGAUACGAUACUUGCUUUCUUAAGUGGUAUAGCGAGAAAUACCUACGAGGCAAUGGUAAAGCAGACGACAAUGAGUGUGCUAAACAUUUUAAAGAUUACCAAAAAUGUCUCCAGGUCGCUCUUAAAGAACGAGGUAUAGAUAAGCUCCUGGACGAAGCAAGAGAAGAUAGCAAAGAAAGUGAUGCUCUUCAUAUGAAAAAGAAAUGA